AUGCCUCGGCUCGUGGCGACGAUGAAGACGAGCAGCGGCGAGCACACGCUGCGACGCAUCUACGAGUCCAUCGGGCACGACUUGGACUUGGAUCUGGUGAUGAGCAACGACCUCAUCGGCGGCGCGCUCGCGCAGGUGGCGGCGUGCUCGAACCUCGCGACGCUGUUCGACGCGCUUCUGAUCGACGACGAGACGUACGAGGUGUACCUGCGCGACGGGACGUCCGCGCUCGGGGCGCCGGACGCGCGCACGGGCGCGGCGGCGACUUGGGGGGAGAUUUGCGAACGCGCGCGAGAGCAAAGCGAGCUCGCGCUCGGGAUUCUCACGAGGGACGGCGACGUGGUGUUAUCCCCCGCGAAGGCGGACGUCGUCGAGGUGAACGACGGCGACCAGAUCAUCGUGCUCGCGGAGGAGAUCGACUUCGUGCCGUGGCGCGCGCGGGGCGACGACGCACAGCUGGCGACGGCGACGGCGGCGGCGGGCAGACGCGGCAAGAGAGAGACGACGCGGAACGAGCGGAGCAAGGCGCGGGAGGAACGGAAGCGUGAGGCGGCGGAGAGGCGACGGGCGAGGAUGGAGGGGAAGAAGGCGACGGCGGUCGCGGUGUGAUGGAGGAGGACGCUUCGCUUUUAAGAGUACUGUAGUUUUAACGCGGGUUAACUGAUGAACGGUUUCGUUU